AUGGGUAAACAAACAACAACAACAACAACAACAAUCGGAUCUUCGCCGGCGGCGGUAGAGAAGGUGGUGGAGGAUGGACCCCCAAAACCGACGCGCGUAACGAUCACCAACGGGCUCACGAGUCAACUGACGGUGCACUGCAAAUCCAAAGACGACGACUUGGGAACGAAAGUGCUGCCGAAUAACGCAUCCUUCAGCUGGCAUUUCACUCCCAGUGUUUUCUGGAACACGCUGUUCUUCUGUUCGUUCGAUUGGGAGGGAAAUACCGGCGGCCUGAAGCGGUUCGACAUUUACGUGGAGAAGAGGGAUCUGUUGCGCUGCCUCGACUGCAAUUGGCUCAUCAACCAGAGUGGACCUUGUUUGUACAAUAAGGAGGCCAAAGCAUAUGAUAAGUGUUAUUCUUUUCGCAGUUAG